AUGUUUGUAACUUGGAUGUACUAUUUUAACAAAGAUAAAAUUACGUUCGACAACUGCUCAAAAGGCAAUUGCAUAUUUGACAGUAAAUUAAAUAUAAGAACUCAUCGAUUAUUAGGAAAAUGUAGGCAGCCUAAGAAUUUAAGUGCUCUAGGGUUAAAAGGAAAUAAAGAAAAUAUUGGAAUGCCCAAGAAAGAAGAUAUAUCAAAUAAUGAAAAAGAGGCAACAACAAAAAUAACAGAAUUAAAUGGAAGUUUAUUAAGUAAUACAGAAGGAUGUAAACAAGCUAAUAAAAAUAAAUCGUGUAUAUUUGAAACAAAAAAAUAUUCUCGUUUUGAAUCAAAAAUUUUCAAAGAACUGGAUUAUUUAGAUUUUCUUAAAAAUAAUAGGACAAUUUAG